GCUUAAAGAUCUUUUCAUCCAACCCAUUCUACAGAAGGGAAAAGGUCCAGAGAGGAAUAAGGGAAGUUGACAGAGUGGGAGGAGUAUGAGAGUCAGGCAAAUAAGAGUCCAGAUCCUGGCUCAGUUGCUCGCAAGCCCUGUGAUGUUGGGCAGCAACUUCUCUGUGGUCCCACUGAUUCCAUUACUGGCUCAGGGAAGACAGGGGACCUUCUCACAGGGGUGACCCUCUGGUUGGACGUUGCCUUGGUGGGUUUGUGACUCCAAGAUUUCUGUCUCUGUACGAUUCUCAAACAAAAGAGGGGACGUGAAAAUUUUGCGAAAGUGAAGUUACCACAAAAAUGCAAAGGGUCGCUAUUAAUCACUUGAGCUCUAAGGACCCAGUCUGGAGGGAAUAGGCUCAGGGCUGACAGGACAACUCUGCUGCCCCUCCCAGGCUAUGUGACACCCGCAGAUUAUUAAACCCCUCUAAGCCUCAGUUUCCUUAUCUGUAAAACAGGGAUAAUAAAUCCUGGCUUUACAGGGGUGUUUCAGGGACCCAAUUAGAUAAUAGCCAUGCAAGUGCUUUGUGAAGCUGUGGAGAAAGGUCUAGAGGGUAGCAAGUUUCUGCGGUUGUGAUGCUGAGGUCUUGGACAUUAGCUGGUCCAUGUUUGGAAAUCCACUCUUGGUUACGCCUCAGAUGCCCAUGGUGGUAGUGGUGAUGAUGACUGAGGCAGGAGCCACAGAAAGAAUCUCACCUCUGCCCAACAAGAGGACUCAGGCAUAAGAAAAAGUAAACAAAUAAGAAGCCAUAUUUUCCAGAAAUAUCACCUGGACUCCAGACAAGUAUGUGGGGAGGAAGUGUUUCUGGGACAGAUGCCAGGACUGGAGCCCAAAUAGAUAAUCAGGGGAGGCUCUCUGCAGGAGGUGAGCAGCGCAGAAGAGCAGGGUGCCGGCGAACUUGAAGAAGUAACAAGAAGGCUGCUCUCUGGCAGACCCCGGCUGGGCAUCUUUAUGAGUGUUUUCCUUUGUCCUCACAACAGCCUGAGAGGUGGGCAGUUAUUACCAUUUAUAAGGGAGAAAAUAGGUCACUCGGCUUCAUUCAUUUGAAAAAGACCUAUCCUUUACUAUGUAGUGUCAGGCACUGUUCAGGGUAACGUGGAUACCUGGGACAAGACAGGCAAGGUCCCCACCUGCAUGGAAUGACAGAAGCACUCAGUCGGCCUCCAGAGGCCACAGUCUCCAAACAAAACAGUAUGAGGCUGGGUGUGUUUCUGACUCUGGAGAGGAGUACAUAGGAGAUGUAGCCCUCCCGAAGAAGGUUACUCAUGGGCAGUGGACAGUGGCCGGGUGGGGAGUGGGAUCAUUCUUGGCAUCAGAGUUAGAGGACUUCAGUACUCAAAGAAUUCAGGAGCCACCUUGCCGAGUCCAGCAGGCUUCACCUGAAGAACUCUGGCCACUCACUCAGGGAGAAGUGCCCUUGGUGUGGGGUUGUGGAGAGACUCCUGAGUUUGAGUUGUGCUCUGUACACGUUCUGUGGCACCCCACGGUGGGCCACACGUGCCCCGUCUUGACAAAGAUGGGGUUUCAUGGCCUCUGACAGCCUCUCUGGCUCUAGAAUUCUGGUUUAAGGAUGGGCUGGGGCCAUGAGGGUGGGAGCUAUGCUCAGGAAAGGAGAGGCUGCCUUUUGGCCGGUCAUGUACAAGACAUUGGGACCGAGUGGCCUAGAUAUUAUAGUAAGGAGGGCCAGGAGAAUAGUGUGAAUAACGCCAUCUCUCUCUGCUGAGGAAGGGACCUGAGGAGCUCCAAAACAAAGUCAGGACCCUAAGGCACUUUGGGUAAUGGACACUUUGCCUAUCUAAGGACAGGAGAGUGUCUGUUUGCUUUUCAGUAAACACUCUUAUGUAUUUCCACAUUCUGUGCCAUUGCAUGUGCCGUCUCCCCUACUUCGGGUGUGCAUAUCUUCACUUCUCUAUCCACUGAACUCCUGCUCAGCUCUCAAGGCCUGGCACCAGUGUUCUCAUCUCUGUGAUGGCCCCCAGGGAACUUACUGCCUCCAGACUAGGACAGGGUGCUUAAGGGAUUUGGAAUUGGACAGUAUAUGUUUUUCUGGCCACCUUCUUGGGUAGGACAUCUCAGUGUCCUUAGCCUGGGGCCUGGGCCAAUUUGUUAGGGGUAGGUUUCUCUUUGCUGUGGGAUACGGCCAAUGGGGGAGUGACUUCCUUAGAGGAAUCUGGGACCACCUCCUCCAGGCCCCUGUGAAGGGAUGGGCAUUAUCUGCCUUGGGCCCAGAUGGGAGAGGGUGCCUCACUAUUGUAUUUCAAAAUACUGAUUAAGUAUUUAAUAUUGGGUAAUAAGUACCUAUACUGUGUGCCAGGCAUUGUUCUGGGGAGAAUGAGAGACAAGGUCCCAGUUCUCAUGAACCUCACAAUCUGAGGGAGGAACCAGACACGGAACAGGUAAUGAAGGGUCAAGAAGUGUGACAAAGGAGGGAAGCACAGUGAUCCCAGGGAGAUAUCAGGGACGGCUUCCCAGAGGAGGUGACAUGUAAACAAAAAUUGAAGGAUGAAAGGAAGCUGGAGUUGAGGGAUUUGCAGUGCUGGAAUCAGGCAAGGCACCUGCAAGGAGCUGGGGCCAGCUGCCUGUCUGCGUUCUGUGGGUUGCAGGAAUCACCAUACCUCAUAGUUUUAACACCCUGAGGACAGGACUGGGUUGAUGGUCCUUUCCCUCUGCACUGCCCAGCACAGGGCCUGGUGCAAAGUGGCUUUGGGUAAUAGCUAGGUGAUCUGAUAUGGGCCCCAGAGCAUGGGCAUCUGUGGAUCCUAGAUGCUCAGAGUUGAUGGCCUGAGAUGCCGCAGGCUGCCAUAAUGGCACAUACAGAUGGGCAGCUGAGGCCCAGAGGACUAAGUGUCUUGCUCAAGGUCACACAGCCAGCCAGCAUUAAAGGUGGAGCAGGAACCCUCACCUGCCAGGCUGACCUUAGCUUCCCUACUCCUUUGUUCAGACUUCAAAUGGAAAAUCCGGCCCCAGAGAGGUGCCUCUACCAGGAGUGGGAUGAGAUGAGCAGGAAGCUGAGUCCAAGAAGGGCUCCACCUCCCUCCCUUACCUCCAACACCUUCAGGGGCUCAUUCCAGCUGCCUCUCCCUCUCCCUCCUGAUGGAGGCCUCAAAUCCCCACCCAUGGCACACAUCCCAGUGUUCUGGAAAUCCCCUUCGGGCUAGGAUGGGCCCUCCCCCCACUAUUCUGUCCGUCUCCUGCCCCUGAAGCAGGGCUGGCAGCAAAGUUUGCUGAACUGGGGUGGCUAAGCCCGGUGGCCAGAAAAAUCUACACUCUUGUCAGAAAAGGACAGAGGGAGAGCCUCCCCUUACCCAGCUGUCCCCUGGAAAUCCCCUUCUCCCCAAACCUCAAAGCUGUCUCAGCUGCUCCUGGCCUGUCACAUGCCCAUGAAAACUAAUGAGAGGAGGCAUUGUAUAUUGUUUGGGCCACCAUGACGGUGGUGGGGCAGGGAGAGCAGGUAUCCACACCUCCACCUUCUGUCAACAUACCAGCGUACCCCAGCAUACCCCACGGCCACCUCUAGGCCCUUGGCUGACUUGGGGGAGGAAGUAAGUUGGAAGCAGGUUGGAAGCAGCUACUAUGGGCCGGAGGGAUGAAAUCACUGUUGGGUCUCUCCCAUUAGUAUACUCCACUGUCUCUGUGCUUUUGUGUUUACUGCCCCCAGGGGCUGGUUCAUCAAGGGCUGUCAGCCCUACUCACAAGGUGCCCAGCCCUGUGAUUGGCAUGGAGGGGAGACAGACACAGCUCAGCUUGCAAAGGGUUUAACCCCCACAUUUUCUGGCACAGUGCAUAAUUCCCAGAAGGCUGCUGCUGGGGUCUGCUCCAAACAGGGCCCCCUGUCUGCUUAGGACACCCCUCUCCUCCAAGCCUCUAGCUAGGCGAGGUCUUCACCAUGGUUCAAGAGAGUCACCAGGCGCUCAGCCCAGUGUUGUGGUUUCUAGGAGUUCUGGUCUUCCAUACCAGCUACGUCUUCCCACAGUCCUACCCCAGGCUCUCUCAUGCUCUUGGCUGUGGGCAGUACUAUUUCUCCAGGAUCCUGGAGCAAGCACAGCCUCUGUAGUGAAAGAACGUAAGACUGGGACUCUCCUGCCGGUGUCUCUUCACCUUUCCCAGUACUUAAGUGACAUCAUCACCACCUUCCUCCGCGUCAGCGGGCCAGCCCCACCGUCUCUGCCUCCACCAGGUCCUGUUCAACACCACACAGCAGACGUGCUGCGUGCCCGACACUGUGCUGCGUUUGGGGUUACUGAGAGGAGGGAGGCGAUCAGUGUCCCCGAGGAACUUGUUUUCUGGUUGGAAAGGGAGAUACCACACCAAGCUGUUGUCUCGAGACGAGUGUUGGAAUGGUGUUGCAGAGGGUGCUGGGGGGCCGUGAGGUGUGAUCAGUUCUAUCAGAGUGCAGCACUAGUGCCUGUGGGAGCACAGAGGGCUGAGCUGGGGGAGGAGGGCUGCAAGGAAGACUUCCUGGAGGAAGAGACUGUCCAGCGGGAUCUUGAGGAAAAUGAGGAAUCUUCCAGGCAAAGGUGGAAGAGGAAGAAGCGUGUGGGAAGGCUUGGAGGUGUGUAUGGGUGUGUGUGUGGCAAGCAGUUUUGUGCACCUGGAGCUCUGAUGAGGGGUGUGGUGGGAGAUGAGUUGACCUGGGGGCAGGGCAGUUACUGCAAAGCCUCCUGCAAAGGCCAAGGCACUCCAGACAUCCUUUGAAGUUCUUUGCAUACACCCUCGCCCAGCUUAUGUCAAGACAUCUGGACGUUACCCUUGAGUGUUCUCUUUGCUCCUUCAUACCACCUUUCUCCUUUAUGGGCCCCAUCUGUAAAUUAGGGGAAUUGGGCUAGCAGAUACUCCGAGGUCUCCCAGCUUUGACGCCAGGACCCUCUUCUCUGCAAAGCGGGAACCUGGUGCACACAUCUUGGUAUAUAGUGUGUGCGUGAUGAGUGGAUGAAUAAAAUAUAACCCCUCGGGGACUGCACUGUUGUUAAUCGCAAACUCUUAGCAAGGCAUGGACCUGAAGGAGGGUGGGGCUUGACUCCCCAAUUUUGCAGGGAGGGACAGGGUGCCCUGGAGCCACUGGGCAUAAGAGGCAGCUUGGUGCAGUGGACGGGCUUACCCAGGUGGCAGAAAGGAUGAGCAAUAUGGGGAUUACAACUGAAGGCUCUGGACUUCUAGCCCAGCAGUCUCUCUGCUACACCAUGCUGCCCCUAGUAGGAGAGACAGGGCAGAGCAAUGGUAAAGGAGAGUCACUGCCUAGGCUGCUGAGCCCUGAGCACAAGGGCGUUUAUGAGGACACAGAGGUGAGGAUAGCCUGGUGGCCUGGAAGGUUUUUAGAAGAGGUGAAGCGAGGCCUAGGUUUGAAAGAUGAAGACUUGUAUAAGGGGAGAUGAGUGGGGGGCACACACACAUGAGUGGCCUCACAUGUUUACCUAUACACUCCAUUACUUACACACACAGACACAAUGUGACAGAGCCUGCCACAGUUACGUAGGUGGAUACACAAAAGCGCAUAUCCAGAUGUUUGAAAACAGACUCAGUGAUCUGGAUAGAUGCACACGGAUGAUUACACAGAGGAACCCACACGUUCAGGGUCACAGGUAUGUACACAGGUACACAACUAUACAGCCACAUUCAAGCAUACAGUUACCAAUGCCCAAUUACAUGCCCUCCUUCAAGGUUAUGCAGAGGCACAGAUAAACAGUAGGGGUAGUAGCAUGGAUCAGUGGGUAUUGGAGUCAGUCUGGGUUUGAGUCCUAGCUCUGUAGCUUACUGAUGUUCGACUUUGGGCUAGUCAGCUGACUUCAUGGAACCCCUAUUUCCCCAUCUGUAAAACGGGGAUGAUAAAACUACCUACCUUAUAAAAUUGUUUUGUGGCAUGAAAGCAGUUUAUCAGAGUGCCUAGCACAUAGCGCUAUAUAAAAGGAUGCUGUUAUUGAAACACUAUUAAGACAGAAAUACAGUCAGAUCGAUACAUGUGUACACACAGGCACAGAGACAGGAGAUACACACACAGACACGUGACACUCACGGGGUGGUGGCUGGUGGGCCCCAGCAGCAGCGGGGCUCCGGACCCCCCUUGUCUGGAGACCUGGCCCUCGUUCUCUGGGCGCCACUGCAGUCCUCAGAGAGGCGGCCGCUGGGCUGAGAGAGCUGGCGACCCGCCUGCCCCACCUGGACACGCCGGCCUUUCCCGAGCGCUCUGGGUGGGGUGGCUCAGCUGGUCUCCCAGGUCCCGGGAGGGGUGGAGCCUACGGGACGCGCGCCAGGCCCCGCCCCUCCACCGUCCCCGCCCCCGGCCCGGCCAUUGGCCGCAAAGCCUGGAGGCGUGGCUGAGCUGGGGCUGGGGGCGCCUGCGGUGGCCGCCCGCGCGUCUCUCUGCUUCCCUCCCGGGGCUGCGGGCCCGGCGGCCGGGCUGGUUGGGCUGCGCUAGGGUUUCCGCGCCGGCUCCCGCGCCCGCCAUGGGCAACUCACACCACAAGAGGAAGGCCCCCAGCGGCCCCCGGGCCCGCAGCUUCUGGCGGUUCGGGCGGUCGGCGAAGCGGCCGGCAGGCUCUGCCAAGACUGAGAGUGACAAACGUCUAAGUGUGGGGUCCGGCCAGGGGCCAGGGUCUGUAGUGGAUGAGCACCAGGACAAUGUCUUCUUCCCCAGUGGGCGACCACCUCACCUCGAAGAGCUGCACACGCAGGCCCAGGAGGGGCUCCGUUCCCUCCAGCACCAAGAAAAACAGAAACUGAAUAAAGGUGGUUGGGACCAUGGAGACACCCAGAGCAUCCAGUCCUCCCGGAUGGGGCCAGAUGAAGACAGCAUCUCUUUCUGCAGCCAGACCACAUCCUACACGGCUGAGAGCUCCACAGCAGAGGACGCUCUCUCCAUCCGCUCAGAGAUGAUCCAGCGCAAAGGGUCCACCUUCCGACCCCAUGACUCAUUUUCCAAAUCGUCCGGGAAGUCGGGGCGGCGAAGGCGCGAGAGGCGGAGCACGGUGCUGGGACUGCCGCAGCAUGUGCAGAAGGAACUCGGUCUGCGGAACGAGCGUGAGGCACCAGGUACCCCUCGGCCUCCUGGUCCUCGGGAUGCCGUCCGCAUCCCCACGGUGGAUGGCCGUCCAGCGGGCCUGGCUUCAGGGACAGGGGCCCGGGUGUCCCUGCAGGCGCUGGAGGCACGGGCCCAGGCCGGUGCCGAGGCCGAGGCCAUGCUGCAGCGCCACAUCGACCGCGUCUACCGGGAUGACACCCUCGUUGGGCGGUCCACAGGAGCCCGGCCCCCGCCAGUGACACGGCCCAUGUCCUUAGCGGUGCCCGGACUGACAGGAGGGGCAGGGCCUCCAGAACCCCUGAGCCCAGCCAUGUCCAUCUCGCCCCAGGCCACCUACUUGUCAAAACUGAUUCCGCAUGCUGUCUUGCCGCCCACGGUGGACGUGGUGGCCCUGGGCCGCUGCAGCCUGCGCACACUGAGCCGCUGCAGCCUGCUGUCGGCCAGCCCGGCCUCUGUCCGCUCGCUGGGCCGCUUCUCCUCGGCCUCCAGCCCGCGGCCCCGCAGCCGCCAUCCUUCUUCCUCCAGUGACACCUGGAGCCACUCUCAAUCCUCUGAGACCAUUGUGUCUGAUGGCUCUACCCUCUCCUCUAAGGGUGGCUCUGAGGGUCAGCCCGAGGGCUCUCUGGCUAGCAGUAGCGCGGCACCCCCUCCCCAGGCGGGCAGUGGGAGGGGCUCUCCCAGCGGGGGCAGCACCGCCGAUGCCUCUGACACUGUCAGCGUUCGGAGCAGUGGGCAGCUGUCCGGCCGGAGCGUGUCCCUCCGUAAGCUGAAGAGGCCCCCCCCACCUCCCCGCCGGACCUACUCACUCCAUCAGCGGGGCUCAGCAGCACCCGAUGGGCCCUUGGGGUUGCCGCCCAGGCCUGAGCGGAAGCAGCAGCAACAGCUGCCUCGGCCACCCACCACUGGUGGGGCAGAAGGGACGGGGGCAGCUCCGUGUCCCUCCAACUCAGCAGGCACCUGGGUGCCUGGCUUGUCUCCAGGUGGCUCCCAGCGUCCCCCACGCUCCCCAGAACGGACGCUCUCACCCUCCAGUGGGUACUCGAGCCAAAGUGGUACUCCUACCCUCCCUCCUAAGGGUCUAACAGGGGCCCCUGCUUCCCCAGGCAAGGCCCAACCCCCUAAACCAGAACGUGUCACUUCCCUUCGUUCCCCUGGGGCCUCUGUCUCUUCUUCCCUCACAUCUCUAUGUUCCUCAUCCUCUGACCCAGCCCCCUCAGACUGGUCUGGUACACAGAUGUCGACUGCCCUGGGUGACAGGUUUGCCAUACCUCCUCACCCCAAGGUGCCCGCCCCUUUCUCCCCACCCCCUUCCAAGUCCAAGAGUCCUAAACAAGCUGCCCCCGCUCCUGCCACUACUGCUGAUGUGAGUCCCGAGUCCCCACCAACUCCGCAGACCUCCCUGACCCCGCCACAGGAGUCACCCAGUGCCCCCAAAGACCAGUCACCCCCACCGUCCCCACCUCCAUCUUAUCAUCCUCCCCCCCCACCCACUAAGAAGCCUGAGGUCGUUGAGGCCCCAUCUGCCCCAGAGACUGCUGAGGAGCCCCUCCAAGACCCCAACUGGCCCCCACCCCCGCCUCCUGCACCGGAGGUGCAGGACCUUUCCAUGGCUGACUUCCCCCCACCUGAGGAGGCCUUUUUCUCUGUGGCUGGCCCUGAGCCUGCAGGCCCUUCAGGCCCCCCAGAGCCUGUUAGAUCCCUGGCUGCUUCAUCCUUCUCAGUUGCUGUCUCUUCCCAGAGCCAGCUUCACGGUUCCCCAGACCCUCCUCCGGCUCCACCAGCCCCACCUCCAGCUGGUUCUGUCUCGGGGCUUUUGGCCAAGCUCCCACGGAAGGAACCGGUGGGCUGCAGCAAAGGCAGCGGGGUUCCCAGGGAGGAUGCUGGCGCACCCCUGGUCACGCCCUCACUCCUGCAGAUGGUUCGGCUGCGCUCUGUGGGCGCUCCUGCGGCUGCUGCAACCCCGGCCUCUGGGCCGUCAGCCCCCCAGAAGCCGCUACGAAGGGCCCUGUCAGGGCGGGCCAGCCCAGCGCCUGCCCCCUCCUCAGGGCUCCAUGCUGCUGUCCAACUCAAGGCCUCCGGUCUGGCUGCCAGCAAGGACCCUGCGAGUGCCCAGCCCAAUGGACCGCCUGAGGUGGAGCCACGGUCUCCCCAGUCCCCUGCCUCUAUGGCCAGCUUCAUAUUCUCCAGGGGCACCAAGAAGCUGCAGCUGGAGAGGCCAGUGUCCCCUGAGACCCAGGCUGACCUCCAGCGGAAUCUGGUGGCCGAACUUCGGAACAUCUCAGAGCAGUGGCCACCCCAAGCCCCAAAGAAGCCACCUAAAGCUCCCCCACCCGUGGCUCGCAAGCCCUCUGUGGGAGUCCCGCCAUCCACCUCGCCCAGCUUUCCUCGGGCUGAGUCCCUUACUGCUCCUCCCACCAACGGGCUCCAUGCUGAAGACAGGACUAAGGGGGAGCUGGCAGAGAAUGGAAGUGUCAUGCAGCUGGUGGGCCUGGAGGAGCAGAAGCUGGGCCCACCUGGCUCAGACCCACAGAAAGAGCUGGUCUGACCGCCAGGCACCUCACUGGCACUGCUGACCCAUCCCAGGAAUACAAUCUCAGGGACCUGAGCAGCUCCAAGGAUGAGACGAUACGGCAGACACUUAACCUAGUAGAGAGGAUGCCUGCAGCCUUAACGUUCACAGCCUUCGAUAUUUAUGCAAGCCUGGUGUUGAUCCUGCCCUCCAAGUCAUCCAGCUCAUGCCUUUUCCUCCCUGGAUGGAUUCCCCUCUGGCAGCUGCUGCUUGUCUUGGCCUUAGCCUCAUCUUGAAGGAGGUAGCUGGUGGGGGUGGGUGGCUGCGCCCCCUGCUGGCCCUGAGGCCACACGGUUGGGAGGAGAGCACCUCACAUGAAUUUUUCCAACCCCCCCCCCCCCCCGCCCAUGUCCAAAUCAUGCACAUACUGUAGUCCAGAAUCAAAGCACUUUUGACAAGUGGCUGCAUGUCCAUCCUCCAGGGCCCAUGAAGCCUCAUUCUAAGGGACUGUUUACAUGGCGGCAGCAUCAGUCCCUGGUAGCCAGCCCAUAGCUGGGACCAGUCUGCUCCCUCCGAUCCAGUUUGCUCAUUUCCUAGUUCUUGGAGGUGGGCGAGUCAUUGUAUUCCCACAGGUUUCUCCAGGCUGGAGGUAGGAGCGGGGCUGUGGAAUUCCAAAGCACAAAAGGGGCAGCAGGGGUUAGCCCUCCUGUGCCCCAACUGACCACCAACCACCUGCCUUCCAGUUCUGCCAGGUGCUCCAUGCAGGGGACAAGAAGUGGGGACUGCCUGGGCCCAAAUGAGGGAGGGGGUGGGAGGGAGAAGAAGAGAGGAGGUCCACAGGCUCUGUCCUCAGAGAGUGGGAGGACAGAACAGGGAGGCCUCUCAGCGGGCACUUGGUAAUGCCAAGCAUCUGCCCCCUUGUUUCACUUGAUCAGGUUGGGGUGGGCAGGCAGGCGCAACACUUCAGAGGCAGGAGCCCAUGGGCUGUGGCAAAGCUGUGUCCCUUUCAGCUGUGCAGGAAGCCCUGAGGGAGGCGGGUGGAGGGUCUGGCCAGGGGAGCGCUUAUUUGGGCAGUGGGCCCAGACCUGGCCCUACAGAUUACAUUCUCUGACCUUUCUCUUUACUCGGUGCAUGUUCUUUCUGCAGCUGCCUUUCAGCACAGGUGGUUUCACUGGGGGGAGCUGACGCUGAGUGACAAGGAUGGGAAGGAAGCCAAAGGUGCAUUCUAUUCCAGACUCUUCCCUAGUCAGUGAAGGGGGUUCAGUGCUCCUAGGGAGCAGGCUGGGCGAUUGCCCCCUGGCCAUCAGCUUCUGCUACUGAGGUCUCCUCUAGGAAUUUUAAUGACCUAUUUUCAGCCUGUGCCUCCUAUCUAGGUAAGCUGGCUUCCCCACUGGCCCCGGUGCCUCCCUUCACAGUAGUGUGACUGCCACCAGGGCCAUCCCUUCUGGCCUGAUCCUCUUUCCUCAACAGUGACUUGGGCUUGAGGAACCUCACUUUUAGCUGCUUCUGUGGAGAGGCUGAACCCCUCCCAGAACCAGAGGUGGGAACACAGGGGAUGUGGUAUGAGAGCCCAGGUUCCUGGGGCCCUCCCUCACUGUCCUCUUCUCCCUGUGGCUGUAAACCAGCGUUCUGUAAACCAAGGUUUCCCUUGCCCUUUGGGUAAUGGAGAGCGGCUGCUGGGUACAUGUCGCACCUGUCCAGUGAGCCGGGGAAAGAGGAGAGUCAGUCAGUAUGCACUGCUCUGCUCAGAGCUCCUGACCAGCCCCCUGGGAACCAAGACCAGGCCAAAGCCUCCACGAAAGAAACCUGGCCCUGGCAGCAGCCUUGGAGCUGUUGGAGAUGGAGAUGGGAGGGAGCCCAACUUCUGUGUCUCUUCCCCGCCCCCCCCCCCCCCCCAACGUUACUUGAGCUCCUUAUCCUCAGUUAGAAUCUUCUGAGCUUGUUUCCCCACUGGGUGGGACAGAGUACAAAGGAGAAGGGAGGAUCUAGAAGAGGCAACCCUUCUUUGUCCUCUGGGGUAAAUGAGCUUGACCUAGUGCAAAUGGAGAGACCAAAAGCCUCUGAUUUUUAAUUUCCAUAAAAAUGUUAGAGAGAGAGAAGUAUAUAUAUAUAUAUAUUUCUUUAAAUUUUUGAGUCUUUGAUAUGUCUAUACAAACAAUCCAUUCCCUCUGCCCUGAAGCCUGAGUGAGACACAUGAAAGAGCUGUGUGUGUGUGUUUCAUUCAAAGGUGUUAAUUAAAUGAUUAAAACGUG